UCAUGAUCGAUCUGCAUCCUGUCGGCAAACGGGAUGUAGGUUUAGGCCGGCGCUUAAGGCGAUAGGUGAAGACGUUCACCACCAGCAGACCGCAAGAAUCUAAACAUGAAAGAAUUCGCUCUCAAUUCGCUCUCUCACUCUUCACUGCAAAUCUGUAAUGCUAUUUUACCUCCAGGCAAAGAACUGCAACGUCCUGCUUCUCGAUCAUUUUUCUCCUCCUUCGCUCCAAUGUGCACAUGCUUUUAGCAUGGUAUGGACAUGAUUUCGAAAAAUGAUAUCUAUUUGUCUUUGCCUCCUUCCUUCCUCUUCAUUGUUUUUGCGUAGCAAGCGAAGUUCCAUUCCACAGGCAGAAAAUCAAGUGCAAGGAAAACGCGAAAGUUUAAAUUGCUACUAACGAAGUAGUAUUUGCCAUUUAGUUUUUUGUUUUUGUUUACUUCAAAUGCAUAAAAGAUGUAUCUCUAUUAUCACUUUUUUCCUUCGAUAAUGUUGAAGCAGUAUUUACUACGCACCCAGCUCGCAGUUUUGCGGCGCUGCGUUUGUUUUCUGCUGCUCGGCGGUUGCAUCAGCCGAUUUUGGUUCUUUCAAAUAAAUUAUGGCGAACCGAACCAGCAGCCACAAAUAAGCUUGCAGAUGGUAAACGCAGUCAAGCUCACCUCUUCUAGUCGCAGUGCGGAUCCGCAGCCGGUAGUCCCCGAACGACCGCAGCAGUUGCAGCACCCGACUUUUGAAGAGGACCCCGAUCAGGUAUUAAGAAGCUGGAACGUCUGGAAUCGCGAGAUCGUCCCCGCGGUAGCGUACCUCAGAAACCACCAGGACCAGCACCUUCCAGCCACCUCGUCCCGGUCAGCGCGUCGGGAAGAUGACAACGGCCCGGCGGUCCCGCGUCUACUUUUCUCCUACGCUGCGUGUCCACUGGCGCCCCAUCCGCGCGACGUGCCGUUUCCGGAAAAACUGCUUUCUUGCUACCCGUAUAAUUCGCCUUCCGCACACGAACUGCGUCUGACGAGACUCGGCCUAUUAUUUCCGCAGCAGCCACAGCAGGAGCCCUACGAGUGGUCGGCAUCGGGUGACAAAUCAUCCAGUUCUACUACGUGGUCUACCGACGGCGACCGGCAGGCUCACUGGUUCUCCGGGACCGGCCACGAUCUUCUGGAUGUAGUCCCGUCCUCCACCUCCAGGAGGACGGUGAGAAAUUAUACAGGCAUAACUGAUCGCGGUGGUCCAGCUGUCUUGAGUGACGAGAAAAACGCCGUUCUUGACCUCGUGGCGGGCAGCGGCAGUACUGAUCCGGUUGACCGGCGGGGCACAAGAACCACCGGCGGCGCCGACGUCGAGCAACCAACAGUAGCAGCAGCAGAUGACAACCACCCCAAACCGCCACCACAUCCAGCAAAAGCAAAACCUGAACCCCGCCGCCCGCUUCCCCUUUCCGCAGCCGAAAAGGCGAAGACCCGAGAAGCUCUGCUCAGCACUCGCGCUGAGAUGGACGCCCGGGUGCGGUCUCCCCUGAUGUUGAAAAGCGCCCACAAGGUCAGCGCUGUGGACGCGUUGAUGCUUGAGCUGCCUGCGACAGUUGCAGCAGGACGGUGGAAGGAACCUUCAAAAGCCUCAAUUUACGCACGGGGUCACAAUUCUACUUUUUGACACGGGUUCCAGCGCAAAAACCAAAGGGCAAAGCGGGGCCGCAAGUAGGUCGUGGCAGUUGCUUCGGUUUGAAAAAUCACAAACAGAUGAAAAACUAGGGCGCGAAACAAGGCGAAGGAGCGGCAUCACAUGGAGAAGCAAAAUGCUGGAUAAGCCCGCUCGUGCUGAGGGAACAGAAAAGCACUUUUCCGGAGGUAUCUAGGGGGCCAAAAAUUCCUGCAUGCGUGUCCUCCACGCGGGCGGCCCCUGGGUGCGUCGCUAUGGUUGUCAAUCCGCGUGAGGGGUGAAAAGGGAUUGGGCGUAGCAACUCACGCCGUUGUACCUUGAGCCAUCCAAAGUGCCGACAUCGCAAGCUUUGACACAUUGAUCUUGUAGUCCACAAGUCUCAACUAAGUGUGUGCAGAUCUGGCGCGACAGGUUUUCGGCAUUCAGGGCAUUGGUGUCAACCUGAAGCGUCGCUUAUUGAGACUUGUGGAUUAUGAAAUCGAUGUCAAGCGUGUUGCAGUGGGAGGUUUUUGGCUCAAGGUAUUGCGUCGUGACUUGUUAUGCCCAGUCCCAUUUCACCCUUCGCGCGGCAUGGCGGGUGCGCAAUUCGCUUUGUAGCCCUUGAGUUUUCCGUCGGGAGUAGGGCUCUGCAGCAUGGCCUGGUGCGCGAUAUUAAUCCGCGCCCCAUACCAUGGUGGCACAUUUUAUUCUGGGUGGUACGCUGCAGAUGUCUUCUGUAGUUGAUGUCUUUGGAGGCUCGCCGACUCUGAUCGCCGGAGCCCACCCGGCGAUGUGAAGCGCCAUGAUUUGGAUCCGACGAACAAGGGUGGGCUAGGUUGUCUGUUUUCCAAAAAGUUCUAAACCCCGCUAGUGGGUGGGCACUAGCGGGGGUUAGGGUCAGACGAAUGUAACCCACCUUUGUUCAUCCUAGAACAAAUGAACAAGGGUGGGCUGCAUUCGUCCGAAGCUAACCCCCGCUAGUGCCCACCCACUAGCGGGGGUUAGACCUUUUUGAAAAAAAGCAGAUGUAACCCACCCUUGUUCGGCCAUGUCAAAGAGUGCAGAAAGUAAGCAGCCUGCUAAAGUCAGCAGCCGGGAUGCCAGCCCCGGUGGAUAUGAUCGGGAACGACCAUGCUUCUGAAGUGCAAAUAUUUUUGUAGAACUUUAUUCGCCAUGGAGUGGUCGUCUCUUAGCAGGUAUCUUUCUCUUUGCUUUUGAUAAGAUGUCGGCCCAGCAGGACUUCUAGCAACAAAGAGAGGGAGGUGGCUGGUUGGGUGGUCGGUUGUGCGGGUGUUGCCCUUCGCUCCCAAUGGAUUAGUGCAAACAAAAGGACAGAGCAGCUGUUGCAGAAGCUGACCCAGAGCCAGCAGUCGACCCCGGCAAUUCAAGUCGCCGCGGGCUCUGCAGCGCUGGGAGGCCCUGUGGCGGAUGAGUAGAGGCAUGCCUGAAGAGGUGGAUUGCCGGGCACCUAUUCUGUGUCAGAUUCAUUCAGCGCGCCCCGAGUAUCUUUUGCGAUGCCUUUCCGCGCGCCAUUUUGAGGCAGGCAGGCGCUGCGCGCGUGAGCGUGCUUUGUAGACGGCCCGGCGUUGUGCUAUGCAUGUGCCUACUAGACACUAUCAUAGAAGAGGGCACUUUGGCACUGACUUAAAGUGCCCUCUUCUAUGAAUGCGGCGGCUCGGGGGGCACUAAAACAGGCGCAGCCGCAAAAACAGGCACAGAAACAGCUACAGACACAAGCGGAAAAUCAGGCACGCAAAAAGGUGCAAAAACAGGCACAAACGCAAGCGAUGCGGGCUAGGCGCACCAAGCCCAAAAAGAAGACAAUUGUGACCCCGUGCUUAAAUUCCGAUAGUCGAAGUAAAUUGGACCGACGGCGCGCGAAGAAAUUGACAGAGCAGUCCUCCGCGUGGUCUGUUUAGAACGCAUAAUUUGUCAACUUUGUCUAGUAGUUUCUUACCUCGUUUGAUGGGCAACAGAAGUUUCUGCUGCAGCCUGCAGCGUCUGCUGUGCUGCGUACCGAAGGAACAAUAGUGCCGUCGGUCGUUGAGACCUUAUGGCACUAGGCAAAACUCGAGAAAAUUUUUCUGUAGGCAGAACCCGACAAAAAAAUUUUUUGAAAAUCGUGCUUUUCGACGGCUUUUCUAAGCUAGAUGCUCACUCAUCUGCAACUCGCCAAGGCCAGCCCUUCGGGAAAUAAUGAAAAGAAAAAACAAGAAUUACUCCUUCGCAUAGUGUAGUUGUCAUCUCGAUGAAUUAAUCACACGAUAACCAAGCGCAGCUACAUUUUUCUACUUCUUGUAUGCACGGCUCUGGCCGCACAGGCGUUGAAGACAUUUCCGGCAAGCUUUUGUGGACUACAACUUCUGACGAUGCUGAUAAAGGACAAACUGCGAAACGUUUCUUGGAAGAACCCUGUGUCUACUGCGACAACAGGUUUUGAAGUUCUGGAAGAAUUGUAAAAUCCAUUGAAUUGCAAAAUCCAAGAAUGCGUGUGUA